GCCCCUUCCUGUCGCUUGCCCACACCCGCAGUCCACUGCCUCACAGUCACUACAGAGGAAGUCUAGGUGUUGGAUCUCGUACGCUCCAUCUCUGUUUCGAUCCGCUCCUCGAGUUCUUCCUCGUCUUUCCGAUCUCUUCAUACCCGAGCCACUUCCUUCUCGCAGACGCCAUGGCUGACGUAUCGGAUCCGCCGCCGGCAAUAGCCAACGCCAUGAGACAAGCUCAUCAAGCACAGAUGAGGCUGCAGACUGCCAUCGACAGGACAACGCCCUUCGCUGCUAGGAGAUGGGCGGCAACUGGAGGUCUGCUGGCGCUAUUCAUGCUAAGGAUCGUCCUCUCACAGGGGUGGUACAUCGUGUGUUACGCCCUCUUCAUCUACCUCUUGAACCUCUUCCUAGCCUUCCUGCAACCGAAGUUCGAUCCAGGGAUGUAUGACGAUUUGGCAUCGCAAGACAUCGAGGAGGGCGAACCAGGCCUCCCCACGUCUGCUUCUGGAGCAUCAAAACCAGCGGGAUCAGGAGGGCUCAUGAGCGGCGUCUUUGGUAACCCAGGCCCUCAGAACGGAGAUGCGGCUGGUGGCGAGGAUGAGUUCAGGCCGUUCAUCAGGCGUCUACCAGAGUUCAAGUUCUGGCUCUCUGCCACUCAGGCCAUCGUAAUUUCGCUCCUCUGCACCAUGACAAGACUCUGCGAUGUACCUGUAUACUGGCCCAUCCUUCUGGUGUACUUCUUCAUUCUCUUCGGCAUUACCAUGAAGCGGCAAAUCAAGCACAUGGUCAAGUACCGAUAUGUCCCCUUCGACUUGGGCAAGAAGGUUUACAAGUGAAGCGGUCGGUAGAGUCGCAACAAGUGCGGAGGGGAGAGACCAUCAACCCUCGAUAUGUGGCUGCAAGGUGUUGUCGGUCGGGUAGGACAACAGAAGUAGACGUGGCUGGGUGUGAUGCAAUGACGAGCCUCUCGUACCCCUUGUUGCACCGUCGGGCUAAAGUCGCAGGUCGACAUGCAAUCGUACCUUCUGCGAGAGAGACACCAUCUCCUCGCGGACAUUUUCAGCAAGUGAGUCAGCGUGACAAGAGUACCAACACCAGCGCGACGAGGGCCUUGACAAGCGUCAGGGCAUCGAAGCCUACCAGACUGGGCUUCCUGUAGAUGGAAUUGCAUCGGCUUUGUGUGAUGCGACAACGGGACUGGCGAGCAUUCGGCGUUUGUUGCGACAAGUUCAGAAAGUGCCC